UCGCACAAGUCGUCAGCCAGAUAUCACCUAAAGCAGAGCCAGUCAGCCAACCGACCAGCUAACUAGACAGUGAAGUAGCGCCGAGCCAGGCACCAAGUCGCUCAACAACAAUCAGUUGCUUUCCGUAUCUACAGCGAGUUGGUGGAUAAACCAGACAGACGUGAAUGCGCAAUAUUCGACACUCAGAAAAAUCUGUUUUGAAUAAUAUCUGUCUAUUGUGUAUUUUUAUUCUAAUUCUAAUUGGAUGUGCACGCGCGAAUGUCUCCGCGUAUGCGAGUGUGUGCGUUUGUGUGGCACAUAGCAAAUUAGAAUUAACAGAAAUUAAAUUAAAAAAAAAAAAAUCAAAACGAAAAAAAAAAAUAAAAAUUCGAAAAUUUCUUCUUUGAAUUAAUUCAACUAAACGAACUUUUUCGGGCAGCACAGUUUGUGUGCGAAGCAUCUGUGAGUGUUGGCUGACUGUAUCUAACAAAACAAAAAUAAAGCAAAACAGCAGCCCCACUUAAAACCUGCUUAGCGACUAUUGUAUUUUCAUUGCUUUUGGAAAAAUCAAUAACAAUAAUAAUAACAGCAACAACAAUAGAAAAUAAGCCAAAAGAGUUAAAUCAAUUCCACUAAAUCAAACACAGUGUAAAACCGAAAGUGUAAGUGAAAUAAAAGAAUUAAUAAAAAAAAAAAAUAGAAAAUAAAAAAUAAAAGUAAAUACAUUAAAAUCCAUAAAUAAAUAUCUUGUAAAAACAACUGUAAAUUAUUUAAUAUACAUACAACAUACAAUAACUAACACACAGCUGCUGUAUUCAAGGUGCGCAUUGUUCCAUAACUUAUUUUGUGCCAGAAUUUCAACAUAUUGAAUACGAAUACACUUGCGGCAUUUGAUGUGACGAGAGGUGUGUUCGAGAAUAAUAACGGUUCAGUUGAAGCAAAAGAUGUAUACGUAAUAAAAAAAGUAUAUCUAUGUGUGUACGAGUAAACGACAACAGCGAGAUAAACGUCAAAAAUCAAACGAAACAAAACAAAACGUGUCUGCUUAAAAAUACACCAAAAGAGUUGUGGAAAAGUGUUUGAAGUGAUUUUAAACAAAUGUCCAAACGAAAAGCUGCAACAGUACGCGUAAGAUUAGCGAAGAAACAACUGGCAGCGUAGCAAAGAAAUUUAAAAAUAUUAAUAAUUAAAGAAAUAAAGAAAUAAGUAAAAAAUAUUCAAAAUAAUAAAAUUUAAAAAUUAAAAAUACCAGGCAAAAAUUAAAAAAAAAACUGUGCUUCAAAACUAAAAUUAAUAAAAUUAUUUGUGCAAAGUGAAACUCACCACACUCACUUUUCACCGUCUACUAUACGAAAGUAAAAACCGCCAUCAUAGCUACCCCGCGCCUAAAAAUGUGUUCGAAGGAGUUGCUGCUCUCAGCAUGCCUCUUCUUGCUCGGCGGUCUACGCUUGACCUCCACCACAACUACGACCACAUUCGUAGCGGCCAUGUCCAUCGCGAAUCAGGAUCUCGAUCGUUAUUUUCGCACCGCGAAUGCGACACAGUUACUCGCCAACGAGGAGCGUAUUUUGAUCGAUGUUUAUAAUUAUGCUUUUUUGAAUUUCACUUAUCACACGGCCGAUGGUGAACGUCGUCAAUUGGCGUAUAAUGAGGAUAAGGCACGCUAUGGUGAGGGUAGAGUGUUGAAUCGUGAUGGGCUUUUGGUGCAUAUUUCGGCGCUUGGUAAUGUGAGUGAUGAUACGGCUUGUCACCCGUACAUUGCAGGCACGAAGGGUGAGGAUUUGCCACCGGAGGGUGUUGCUUGGAUUGCGCUGGUGCGUCGCGGCUAUUGUACGUUUGAGGAUAAAGUGCGGCAUGUGUACGAGCGUGGCGCGGGCGGUGUGAUCAUCUUUAAUGAUAAGACAGUUAAUAAUUUGGAGAAAAUGCAGAUUAGAGACAAAGAACGCAAUAUAACCGCUGUGAUAACUUAUCUUGAAAUUGGUUUGGAGAUAGCUCAAAUCGUUGAUAGUAGAUUGCAUAUGAAUGCCGCCAUUAUAAAGGGACGUUUCGGUAGCCGUCCGAUAAAUACGCUGAACAGAACAUCUGUGCUCUUCGUGUCCGUCUCCUUCAUCGUGCUGAUGGUGAUCUCGCUCGUGUGGCUGCUUUUCUACUACAUACAACGUUUUAGAUAUCUGCAGACGAAGGAUCAGCAAUCGCGUCAGCUGUGUUCCGUAACCAAAAAAGCCAUCAUGAAGAUACCAACAAAAACGGGUAAAAGCAGCGAUGAGAAGGAUUUGGAUAGCGAUUGUUGCGCCAUAUGCAUUGAGGCAUAUAAACCAUCCGAUUGCAUACGAGUAUUGCCCUGCAAUCAUGAAUUUCACAAAAACUGCAUCGAUCCAUGGCUAAUCGAGCAUCGCACCUGUCCGAUGUGCAAGUUGGAUGUGCUGAAAUUUUACGGUUUUGUGUUCCUGGGCAGUGAAGAAAGCAUUUUAGAAUAUGAACCAGAUCGUCCACCAGGCGAAUCACACAACAUCACCACCACGGCAACUGUUAAUAGAAGUCCCAGCACAGAACUACCCGCUGGAGUACAUCGUGCUGGCGUACUCGGGGAGCUAAUGCGUAGUCGUGACUUUGUAAUCGAUUUCCCGCGUAUAUUCGUACUAGAAGCUGGUAGCACUACUGGUACACACGAAACAUUAUUUCCCACACGCCUACCAGAACGGUCACAAUCCUCAAUGUCACUGGCGCAUGCUAAAGAUUGGAUGUCCACAAUGACCAAUAAACUGGAGGAGCAGCAUGGUUUGCGUCGUCUGCGCCGCGGCGUGGCGCAUGAUGGCAUGGAUGAGAACUUACUUACCGUUUGCGCUGAGGCGGUGAAGAAACGUCGUUCCCGUUCCGCCGAUGGGCGUUACUCGAGCAGUCAUCAGGCGCGUCAACUGGCGGCUUUGCAAUUGCAGCAUGCACUUGAGUGUGGUUAUGGCGAAGAAGCAGCUGCACUGGCUACACCUGACGACAAUACUACACUGCGUGCCAACACUACUAUUGUGGACUUAACCGAUGCAAUUUAUGCGCAAUCGCGUUUGCGCCAACAGCAGGAAAACAAUUUGCUGAUUCCACAAGAACGGGAUGUGGCGAAUUUGAAUACACGUCGCCGUUCAUUGAGACGUAACAGUGCUGCAGAUAUACAAUUGCAUGAGUUGCCGUAUCGUUCACCGGUUACUAGUGCAGCUGGCAGUCGCGAGUCAACGCCGCCGCUUGAUGUCUCUAUUAAAAUUCAAGUUAAUGGUGAGGGCAUCGAUUUGGAGUAGAAGUAAUAGAAAGAAAAGGCUGAUCCGAGUGUGUUAAAAACAAUUAGGAAUAUAAAAAAUAUCCAUAUACUUAUAUACUUAUUGGUAAAAUUUUAAACGCUGUCACUUUUCAUGUGCCAUAAAUCCAUGGAGUAAUCGAAAAUUGCUUGAAUAUCCACAAAGAGGAGGAAAUUGAACUGUUAAUUAUAAAUAAAAAGUAUGAAGUAAUGAACGAAA